AUGAAAUCAGGGUACAAGCUCUUGUGGUUUAAAACAGCAAACGACGUGUCUCUCGAAGGCAUCGAAUACAAGUCGUUUCCUAGUGGAAUCCACGAUUUACAAGAAGCCACGGUGUUUCUCAGCCACGCCGCAAAUGACAAGCUUCUUUAUGGAUUGAGCUGUUUCAAGCAGUUUGCUAUUGAUCAGAGCAACCCCGAUGAUCGAGACAAUUUGAGAAUGUACUCAGUGGGAAUUUUGUGUGAGCCAAAACAGAGCGAUUGGAAACCAAACGAGUUUAUCAACAAUGGUUGGGAAUACAUUGAAGAGUUGAAAAGUGUAUUGAAUGCAAUUGAGGCUGACACCAUUCGGAAACGUACAGAGGGGCUUGAUGUCGACAUCGAUAUGAAGAAAAUUGAAACAGCGUUGCAAGAAGUAGGUUCGAGAAACUCUACCUUGCGCAUUCCUGGUGACGAACCCAACAAGGGGAGGCAUUUACUACUUGGCCUACCACAAUUGUUUAAGACAUUGGGCCCACUUGUAUUUUCCAUCUACAAGCAGAGUCUUUUACGCAAGAACAUUUUGAUUUUUAAUGAAUUGCAUCUGAACUCUGAGGAACUAAAGUCAUCGAGUAGGGAUAAUUAUAGCACGCUUUCUUCCUUUAGUUAUUUGCUAUCCAUUUUAUCGGUGGUUCCAAAAAGCGCAAAGUUACCCAAUCCAAAACUUCACUCCCAGCAGCCAUUAUACAACAUUGGUUUAAAUGAGCUUUCGUCAAACUUGCUUGAAAAAUACAAGAAUUCAGAAAACGGGUAUAUUGCAGUCACCAGUGACGAGAUAUUGAAGGACCAUCCGAUUUACGAUGUUGGUGUUGAAAUAGGUGAUACAGUCAAGGCAUUUGCCCGCGACAAGACCGCUAUCAAAGCAACAAUUCGAGACUAUCACAAAUUCCAAGUGCUUUACUCGGACUUUAUCACGGAGAACUUUGACUUUACCAACAAUUCAAACGUAUCGACAGAUGAUCUAAAUUCAGUUUCUUCAAGGACUGAAACUGAAGAGGGCUCCGUGCACUCUUUCUCGCCUCGUGCUACCGCUGCUGCCGCUGCUGCUGCUGCAAAGUUUUGUACAAGUAUUUCUCAUCAGAUCAAUAAUGAGCCAUUGUGGUGGCGGCAGGAUAGUGUUGAGCCUGUCUCGUGGACAGAAUCCAUCUGGUCUGCUUUUUCGUGGUUUGCUUCAGCUGGCCAGCAACUCAACAUUGAAGAAGAUUCGCCAGAUUUACAGUUGAACAAGCAAACUGACUUGCUUGAUCUUUUGAACGUUGUGGGGUACUUUCACCAAUUGACGUCAAAGUGGCUCAACUAUAUCGAUGAAGCCAUAGAAGAGGAAUAUCACAACAAAUUUGACAGUUCUGAAGAUGGGCAGCUACUCAACAAAGUAGAACUACGUCUAUCAUAUCAGGAUAUGAUUGACAUGGAAUUGGAUCCUUAUAGUCAGCAAGAUGCUCAAUUUUUGAAGGAGUUUGUCAUGUUGUACUAUCAAGACAGGGUUGAGAGCGUUGAAGUGGGCUACAAUCUAAGCAACAUAUGCUGUUGA